AUGCUGGACGACGUGGCCGAAGAAUUGGAUUAUUUCAUGGCCGUCGGUGAACGCCGAGCCCCAAUUAAAAGGCGCUUCUGCCCACGGCUCAAAACGAGUUUUGAAGAGCACCGGUGGAUGGAAAAUGGCCUCGAGCCGUUUCUUUCCCAGUCCUUCCAAUCAACGUCGCGAUUCAGCAACGUCAUCUGGUUAGGCUCGAAGGAAAGUAUGACUCAUAAGGGCUUCAGUUCGAGGAAACCUCGCCAUAGGUGUGCUGGAUUUUUGGGAUCAAAAAAAAAGUAAAAUUAAGUCUCAUUUACUGGAUUGGGAACGACAAUCCUAUUAAUGAACUUGAAAAAUUCUGCCGGCUCCAUAUAAAAAAGGCUGCAGGAAAUGAUUUUACAAACUCUAGGGGAGACUUUUGAAAGUGAAAGUUUUUUCAUAGAAAAAAAAGUAAAUAUUUUUGAGGAGCUCUGAUUAUCAGGUAGCUCAAAUUUGUCAAAUUAACUAUUUUCAAGCCUCAAUCUUUCGCCCGGAAAAACAAAAAAGCACUUUUUUGAGCAUUUUCUGAGCGAUAUGUGCUGAGUAAGCGCUAACUUUUGAGUUGAUAUCUUCAAAACUAUUCCAGAUUCUCAAAAAUAUCUGAUGACAAAAAAUGUUUGCUUCAGGUUUUUAAGGUCUUAGUCCAGUUUGAAUUGAAAGAGAGCUUCUCAGAAUUUUUCUUAAGUUAGCGAUCUUAAAGCCUAUUCGUCUUUAUACUACUGCUGCAGGAUCAGACUCUGCUCUGACUCACAAUCUAAGUCCUUGAUACGUUUUUUUUUAAAUUCAGAUUUCACAACUAAUUUUUGUUUGUAUCUAGGGUUGAACAGAAAAAAAGGUUUACUUUCUGGCUCAAACUUGAAAGUACAAGAACUUUUUUCCCCGCACUCAAGUUGUGUUGUCGAUGAGUCAGAGGCACCCGAGUAAUGCAUUUUGGCAAGUGAAUUCAAAGAAAUUACUGGUCCGUCCUUCCGCUGGUUUUGCGGCACUUGUGACUUCCGCUAAUAUGCUUCGGAAGCGCUUCUUCCACGGCUUCUGCACGCAUUCUCCAUAUCGCCUAUGCAUUUGUUUCGGAUGGCGCCAUCCGCCGCAUGCAAAUGCCUACAUGUUUGAACAUCUUGCCUUGAUCACCGAAGCCCCGGAAACAUUCUUGGAAUAUUUAACGAUGUUUUUGGAGUUGGUCAAGAGUCAGAAGAUCUUAGGAACUUUUCGAGUUUUUUUUUAGUAGGUUUCGAGUGAUUUUCACCGUUUUCUCAAGUUUUUAACUCUUUUAAUGCUCUAGGGAGUUACCAAGUGACGCUCACGCUUAUUGAAAGUUCCUGACCCCUUCAGGGAUCACUCCAGUGGCUCUAGUUUUUUUUUUGUGUUAACUGGUAACUUCAAAAAUAUUUUUGAAAGUUUUUGAUUUUUUCUUAAUCUUCCCCAAUUGAAAUUUCAUUUUAUUCCAUCAAAAUAUUACAAAAUUAAAAGUUUUUGAUUCUUCAAUUUUUAGUUAUUUUUUCCACUGUUCGAUUGUUUUUUUUAGUUUUGCGGAAUCACCUUCGAUCAAGACGUAAAUUUCAAAUUUGAGCUCGAUACGUUCCUAGAAAUGAAUGAAAAUAGUUUCUAGAUGUUAAUGGGGUUUCACUUGCUGCGCUUGGUAUCUGUAUAAUGACUUUUUCCUCACGUAGUAUUUCUUUAUUUGUUCUUUUUUCUCAUGAUGAGAUUCAAACAAGGUGAAAACCUAAUCUCGUAGAAAAAAGCGUUGAAAAAAGGGGAUUGAGAAGGAUUUCCGAAAAAACCCCUUUCAAAAAAUUGAACAAAAGGGUAUAAGAAAAAAAAACUUUACAGUUAAAAAAUAAUAAACUUGAAAUGUUUCCGGACUUUUCUCUGAGUUCAUCAGCGUUGUCCUAUUACGAAUUUUUCCAAUUUUCCCAUCACACAAAACCUGUGAAAUUCAAUUUCUCACUCUAAAACAGGCGGUCAUCAUCAGCUUGCUCAUUUCAAAUGGACCCAUCUAAUCAUCUGGUAUUCUAUGGACGCAAGUGCUUUUGGCGGCGCUUCCGCUGCCAUUUCCACCGUCGACACUGCGAUAUAA